UUAGCAAACACAACAUCCACCACUGCACAAACAUGGGCCGCGCACCUCUACUAGAUCCUCCUGUCGAUGUGUCCGACUCCGACUCCGAGGACGAGUACGAGAGCGACGACGAGGCGCCGGCCAGACGAGGGUGGCUCGUGUUCCUUGGCAUCGCCCUCGCCGCUUACAUAUACUCGUUGGACGGCAUGACAACGUACCAGUAUCUAUCGUUCGCAACCUCGGCCGUCCGCCAUCACUCGAGUGCCGGCACCAUCGGCACCGUGCAGGCCAUUAUUAUCGCAGUCGGCAAGCCGUUCAUGGCCAAGAUCGCGGACGUCUGCGGGCGGGGCGAGGCGUUCCUCGUCGUAGCCACGCUCUACCUCAUCGGCUAUCUUACAAUUGCCGCAGCCGGAAGCAUAUCGACUAUUGCCGUUGGAAAUGUCUUCUAUGCCUUCGGCUACACGGGUCUUCAGAUCCUCCUCCAGAUCGUGAUUGCGGACAUGACCUCUCUGCGGUGGCGCGGGCUUGUCGGCGGGCUCGUCAGCGCCCCAUUCCUUAUCAACAUCUUCGUGAGCGCCGAGAUCGCUAGCCGAGUGCUUCCCGAUUGGCGCCGCGGGUACGUGCAGUUCGCCCUCGUCGUGCCCCUCAUGCUCGCGCCACUCAUUAUCGCCCUCCUCUCCCAGAAGCGCGAGCGCCUGCGGCCUCAGCACAACUUGGGGACGGCUUUGCGCGCCGCUGCGGCUGAAAUGGACUUCGUGGGGCUUGUGCUCGUCGCUGCGAGCCUGGCGCUCAUUCUCGUGCCCCUAGGCAUUGUGCCUGCCGACAACAACAAUUGGGAGCAUACCACUCUGAUCGGGAUGGGCCUCAUUGGCCUCCUUCUCUUCGCCGCCUUCCUCGCGUACGAGUGGCGCGUUCCGGCGCACCCCGUCUUUCCGAUGCGCUGGCUCCGGCGCACCCCGAUCCUCUCCGCUUGCCUCAUCGGCUUCUUCGAUUUCACCUCGUUCUACCUGCAAUACACGUACCUGUACUCGUUCGUGCUCGUGACGGAAGACUGGGGCCUCAAAACCGUCGCGUAUUUUGUAUACACGCACGCGUUCAGCAUCACGGUGUUCGGCAUCGUCGCCGGCGCGAUCAUGUACGCCACGCGCCGGUUCAAGUGGAUGCUCUUCGCGGGCCUGAUCGUGCGUCUCCUCGGCGUAGGCAUCAUGCUCCGCGCCCGCUCAGCCGAGGGCAGCACAUUCGAGCUCGUGCUCUGCCAGGUUCUACAGGGUCUCGGGGGCGGCUUCGCGGGCAUCGCGACACAGGUCGGCGCGCAGGCUGCAGUCGGGACGGCUGACAUCGCCACCGUUACCGCAAUGACGCUGCUACUGUCCGAAGUCGGCAACUCGGUGGGCAGCGCGGCCGCCACGGGCAUUUGGAACACGUACAUGCCCCGCGACCUCGCAGAGCAUGUGCCCACGACCAACCAGACCUUGCUGGACGAGCUGUUUGGGAGCAUCACCGAUAUUGUCGAGUAUCCCAUCGACGACCCUAUCCGGCUUGGCGCGAUCGAAGCAUAUCGCUCAGUCAUGCAUCGGCUGGUGUCCUGGGCCAUUGCCAUCGCUGUCAUCCCGCCCAUCGUGUGCCUCUUCCUGACCAAGGAUGUGCGGCUGUCAAACGCGCGCGCCGUCGCUGGCCUAGACGAGGAACCCACAACACCCGUCCGGCGCAUCCGCCGCCAAUCCAGCCGCAUGUCGAGAAUCGCAAGCAGACGAAGUCUGCGCACCGAUGGUACCGCCACUCCCGAUGAGCUCGAGCAUCUCGUCCCACGCACGCGGACCCCCGAGUACGUCUAGAUCAUAGACUGGGCGAGACUAGACUAGAAUUGUAGACUAUCCACUGUAUCCAUUGCAUUCACAGCAUCUACGCGAUCGUUAAUU